AUGGUCGUCUACUCCUUCUACAUCUUCGACCGGCACACGGAAUGCAUCUACAGCAAGACAUGGCUCCCCGCCAACCGUCCGGCCUCACUACCACCGCCCUCGAGCUCCGCCGGCCCCGGCGCCGCCGCUGCCGCCCCCUCGCAGCAGCUCCGCCGCGCCCACACAAACUCCGCCAAGGACGACGCGAAGCUCAUCUUCGGCACCGUCUUCUCGCUGCGCAACAUGGUCCGCAAGCUCGGCGGCGACGACGACGCCUUCAUCAGCUACCGCACCUCCGGCUACAAGCUGCACUACUACGAGACGCCCUCCAACCUGCGCUUCGUCAUGCUCACCGACACGGCGACGCUGAGCAUGCGCAACGUCCUGCACCAGAUUUACAUCAACUUAUGGGUUGAAUAUGUCGUCAAGAAUCCUCUAGCGCCGGCCGAGCACAAGGGCGGAGAGGGCGUCAAGAAUGAGCUGUUCGAGCUGGGCUUGGAUCAGUUCAUCAGGGGUCUGAUGUGA